AUGGCAUGGGUGGAUGGUACACAGUGGACAGGCGGGUUUCCACGUAAGCGUCCGUCUAACUCUUACUACAAACAAAUCAGGCCUAUAUUGGUUUUACUCAGAAUACUGGGAAGAUUCCCUUACAGUAUGUCCGCGGACGGCGUUAAACCAUUUCGCAUGACGUCCGCCCCAGCCAUUUAUACCAUCUUUUUUUACACAGCAUGUUGCUGCCUCUCCGUCAAAACAACGAUUUCGCUAAUAACGAUGCUUAAGGAUUCGCAGAACUACGAUCAUUCUCUCCAAAUUUUGAUGUUGAUGACAUAUCUGAUCCAGAACUUUGUUAUCCCGAUAACGUAUUGGCAAAAAUCAGGUCAAAUUCUGGAGUACAUAGCCUUGUGGUCUAAGUUUGAGUCCGAAUACACUAAAGAAUUUAACCAACUUAGUUGUCACAGAUGGAUCAACUAUGGCGCGAUCAUCUCGCUACCAAUAGGUUUUCUAUAUUGCUUCCGAAUAUACCUACAGGUUGGAGUUGGAUUAAGCAAUUGCUUAAUGUUUUUGUUAAUGAUAUACGCUUCUGAUUUGUUGACUUUGCUCUGGAUGACAACUCUUUAUGAAGUCCGACAGCAAGCACGAAAGUUGUGUCAAAUUGUAUCAAAGGAAGGGAUAGGAAAAGAGACACAGCGUAAGAGAUACUGUUGGCUCAUGAUCAGCAGGUUGACUUCAUCCUUCGGUGAUGCGAUAGGCUUGGCCACAGGCGGUCUCUUGACGUCCCUCUUCUUUUCCUUCUUGAUCGGUUGGUAUGGCCGCCUCACCAGCUUCAUGAACCGCAUCAAGCGAGCAGAAUAUGUUUGGUGGGAGUUCGCCGAAUCAUCUACCAUAUACGUUUUCUUCUUCUUUAUGCUCGACAGUGCUGAAAGGACAACGAUUGAGGCUGGAACCAAAUUUUCUUCUAUUGUUCUUAAUUUAAAACACUCGAAGAUGGAUAAGGAAACAUUAAAUGAUAUGUCGCUCUUACUUUCAUGUAUUUCCACAUGCCCCCCGAUUGUAACUUUUGCAGGAUUCGUUGAAGUAAAUAGAACUCUUCUAACUACCCUUGUUUCUAAUUCUGUUACAUACUUGGUAAUGCUGUUCCAAUACAGAAGAGAGUAAUACACCAUGGAGAAUCGUCUUAAUAUUCUCAGUUUAAUUUGCUCGUAUUUAAUGUGUAAUGAGAAUUGAGUAAUACAUUUACUCAACAUCUUGUAUUUUUUAUUAUUAUAUUUAAAUAUUUAUCAAAUAUUUACUAUCUUCUGGUAAUGUACCCAAUCUCGAAAAUUUCAGAGCUUAGUGUUUGUGUUACCUCAAUGUUCCAUAUGUUUCCGAUUUGGCCAAAUCCAGAUACCUAUCCUUCCAUAAUAAACUUCAUAACCAUCCGAAUCCUCUUGUUUCUAACCUUGCUUCCUAUUCGAUUCCUGAUAACCCUCCGAGGCGUCUGAAAAGGAGAUGGCCUCGUGAUCUCCUCAUGUAGACAAAUUAUUAGAGUGCUACCAAUGGGUGGUUUCUCAACAAGCGUUUUUCAUGUGAUUAUAUUCCUAUGUACACAUUUACUUGAUGUAUUCAUACUAAUACAGUUGUAAAUAUCAUAAUAAAAGUUUAAAAAAAAAAAAGUGUUUGUGUUAUUAUAUAAUAAAAAAAUCUAUUGAGUUAAUCAAUAUUAUUUAUUAAUAACUAGAUUUAAAAUAAUAUUUUCAAGUUGUAUAUUUUCAAGUUUUUUAAAACUAAAUAAACUUUCUCAAUUUCUAUAUUACCUAUUUUAUUUCACCCCUUCAGUUUUUUUUUUAUUGUUUUAUUUUCAUUAUCUUAUUUUUACACCUCUACAAGAGAACCAUUUACUAUAUGUGAAACGCAUUUAUAAUUAUCAAUUUAUUUUAAAAUAUAUUCUGAACUCUGAAAUUUAAUAAAAAAA